CAAUGGCAAAACCUUUGUAGGGGCCAAACGAGCAACCGAAAAGGAGUUCAUCGAAUUUCUGAAGGAUGUAUCUCAAGAUGUCAUCCAGAAAUACUCACCACAAGGCAUCAACUGGGAAUUUAUUCCGCCAGGAGCCCCACAUGGGCGGUUUGUGGGAGUCCGCAGUCAAAAGUUUCAAAAUGCAUCUCAAAAGGACUGCUGGACCCAGCAAAUUCACAUUUGAAGAGUUCACCACCCUGUUAGUCAGAACAGAGGCCGUAUUAAACUCCCGGCCAAUCUCUGCUCUAUCCCAAGACCCCACAGACCUCACAGCGCUUACGCCUGGCCACUUUUUACGAGGCGCCCCCCUCUUAGCACUCCCUGAAGUCGACCACAGCCAUCUGCCCCUCCUUAAUAGGUGGGAAAAAGUGAAGGUGUUACAUCACGAGUUUAGUCGAAGGUGGAAAGAGGAUUAUAUCAAGGAUUUACAGAAGAGUUAUAGAUGGAAAAAUACCCAGGCAGAGCCGAAAGUCGGCGAUUGCGUUCUUAUUGUUAACAAUACUAUACCUCCCAUUGAAUGGCGUUUAGGCCGUAUCGAAAGGUCACACCCCGCCAGAGACGGACAUAUUCGAGUUGUCGAUGUGCGCACCCAAUCUGGCACCCUUACUCGCCCCAUAGUUAAAAUAUGCCCGUUUCCAAUGGGUGACGCCCCUCUGACUUCUCCAAAUGCGACAUAAUUAAAGCCUUUAAGCACUU